AUGGUAUACCGUUCACGGAUUCCCGAGAUUAUUAAUCUCCUGCACCAGAAUGGCCGGGAAGAUCUGGAGAUGCGGAUUCAAGGAGAUCUCCUAAUAUACGGACCAGAAUUGCGUGCCGGGUUUCGUAAUUUAUUGAAUCUUGAUCAGCAAAACGAAUUGUUAGAGCGCUUUGUUUUCUCCCGAACCUUCCCUCAUGGUUCUUGUUUCCCUGGGGACAUGGCAAUAGACGACUUGCCUAUGCUUCAAGACCCUGCCGAUGAGGGUCAUCUACCGCGCUCACUCGAUGACGACUUUAUUUUAUUUGGAAUCCCUCAUCUUCCGCUGUUUGCGACCGCUUUUCGUGAGAUGCAAACCAGAGAAAGGCGGUUACAUCAAAGUGCCAUGCAAGUUGUGCAAACAACUUCUCAGCCACAUCUUUCCGACAAUCGUCUUAGAGCAGAUGAUCGGAGUCUUGAAGCUGCUAGUUUGAGACCUGCGGUCUUACCUCCAAAAACCGACGAUAGUCGAGAUAAUGAUAGUCCCCCCGCCAAAAUACUGAAAGAAAAAUCUGAACCGGAAGAUGAUGACAUUUGUCCCAUUUGUCAGGAAGGAUAUUCUGAUGCCCAGCCUUCAGCCUCACUCAUUCCAAACUGUGGACAUUUGUUCCAUAUGGGUUGUAUGGUGCGGUGGAUUAACUCCGAGUCUAUUAAUGGCCAAUCGAGAGACAGGUGCAUCUGCUGUCGUAGAGAGUACGAUGGCCUUUUUUCUCAAUUUCAUGGCGAGGUAUUUCCACCUCGAUUUGGUGAAGAUUUCUGGCGCAAUCAUAAUGGACCGUUGAUAAAUGAAGUCUUUGGGGGACUAGAAAUUCUGUCGCCUGAUUACUCAUCUGACGAAGAUGGAUUAUUAGAACCACUAAUCGACGAGGAUGAUUGCUGGCUAUUUCGAGGUUCCUCCGGACAAGGGGCUCGUAAAGAUGAAGCUGAGUUGCAGGACUAG